AUGAAGAAGUACACGACAGUGGAAUCCCUUCCCGUUGUGUUGACGCUGAGCGUGAAGCAUUUUACAUACCAUCCGGAACAGGGACCUGUCAAGUUACAGCAGUUUGUAAAGUAUCCGCAUUUUCUGGAGUUCCCAACACAGCUACUGUCAGCUGCUUGUCGUGCGGAGAAUGGAUUGGACUCGUCAGAUGCUGCGCCCGUCCAUGGUUCUGGCCCGUUGACUCCUCUUCCUGUGUACGAGUUGUUUGCAGUCGUGUCGCACCUGGGCAAGUACGUGGUGGGAGGUCACUACACUUGCGUAUGCCGCGACAACAAAGACCAGUGGUUUCGUUACGAUGAUGAGCAUGUAACAUCGAUCUCGGAGGCUGCGGCGCUCAGUGAGACUGCUUACUUGUUGCUCUAUAUCCGAACAAGUAAACAGCCACCUGAACCGGUUGUAGUGCCACCCUCACUUUCAAGCUCCCCAUUUAUCAAGGCGACGAGCGUCAGUGCCCCAAGAUGCAAGAGUAGCAACGUCACCGGAAAAAAGUUCCUGGUGGAAAGAAUUGGAAAACAGCCUGCAUCUGCGUCAUCAGUACUCCCUCCGGCACCUCGACUGAUUCCAGGCAUGUCUCCAACAAAACUAGCCGUGGCAACAACAUCGAAGGCAAAGAAGUCUAGCAAGAAGAAGAGCUUGAGGGGGUAG